UAUGUGCUUCCGGAAAAUAUUGCGGGAACAUUAAAGAAGGGAACUUGUCUAUGAAUUUUCGUACGGAACUUGUAGCUGUAGCUGAAUUUGGUUGUAGGGUAAUAGCUGAAAAUGAGAACGAUAGAAGAAGUUCAGGCUACACUUCAAAUAGCUAAACUUAAAGAGGAGGAUUUCCAUCCUACAGUUCAUUGCUUGUCAUUUGGGGAGCACGUAUCCUCUGGCGAUUACUGUCUUAUGGAGCUUGAUGAAACUUUAUGCAAGCAUAUAGAGGCUGGCAAGAGUCUCACUAUUAGGGGAGACAAAGAAGAGCAUGCAGUUCUGUGCAGCGAAGACAAGACGUAUGACCUGAAAAUAGCAGAUACUUCCAACCUGCUUCUCUUUAUACCAGGCUGUGAAACUCCUGAUCAUUUUCCCAGAGAUCAGUCUGCUCCCAACCUUGUUCAUGCACAAGUUUGGGGUUUUUCCAAUAAUUACUGGGAGCUGAGGAGGCAGCAUCCCAGGCUGAAAAAGCUGAAGAAGCUGCUGAUGGAGAAGCCUUACGCUGGCCUGCUGGCUGGAGUGGAGGAGGGAUCGGAUGGGAAUACCCUGAGGUACACUAUGGAGGACCUGCUGGAUAGAAUUCAAGCCAGUGAGAAGGAAAUUCUCAGCCAGCUUCAGGAUAUACAUGCCUGCGAAAUUGACGGCUACUGGAGGAUUCUGGACUUUGACUACGAGAUGAAACUGCUUGGUCACGUGACCCAGCUGGUGGACUCCGAGUCGUGGUCUUUCAGCAAAGUUCCUCGGAGUGUAAGCUUGCAGGAACUUGGGCCUCUUGAACCCAAAGAGAUGAUUGAACACUGCUUGAAUUGCUAUGGGAGGCGCUACACUGAUGAAGACAGAGAGGUGUAUUUCGCGCUGGAUGAAGACAAGGUGUGCCAGGCCAUGGCGCAGAUGCUCCUGCAGAAUGCCGUGAAGUUCAACCUGGCCGAGUUCCUGGAGGUGUGGCAGCAGAGCGUGCCCGAGGGCAUGACCACCAGGCUGGACCAGCUCAGGAGUGUAGCUCUCGUGGACCGCAGCUCCAGACCUGAGACCAUCUCCCUCCUGAGAGUGGAGGACUUGCCAGAGGACACCUUAGAGCGCUUCAGCUGUCUCUUCAGCAUGAGAGAGAAGUGGACUGAGGAAGACAUUGUUCCCUACAUACAGGAUCUCUGUGGUGAAAAGCAAACGACCGGAGCUCUUCUCACCAAGUACGCACGCUCGUCCAUGCAGAACGGGAGGAAGGUGUACAAUUCCAGACGGCCCGUGGCUACUUGAACCUCUCGUUCCUUUUGUUCUCUUUGUAAAUAAAAUGUUUACUGCUUUGAAAACGUUUGUAAUUAAGUGGUGCUUUUAAAUGUUAGCAGAAUCUACUUUUCAAAGUCUGACUUUCUUUGUAACUUAACCAGAGUUAGCAAAGUAGCCAGCUGGUUGUGAUGCAUUCAUAAAGAUUUGUCGCUUUAUUCAACGGUGAAAUUAAACUGGAUCAGAAAAUUGC